CCCCCCUAAUAUGAAGAAGACUCUCUCAACGUUAGCCCGAUGCUCCGUUCCUGGCACGCCAAGCCCACUCGAAUUGACGCAUGUGCAAUUCGACGCCCAGUGUGAGCGAGCGUCUCUCCUACUACAUAUAAUAAACAACCUGUCUGUCAUUCGCUACUUUACAGACCGGUUUGGCGUGGCGUGCUUUGUCUGUUGUCGACCCUUCCCCCCCCCAUCUCUCUUUGCAGCUGCAUGCAUGACAUAGACGUUGUGUCUUCAUGUCAACAGGAUCAACCAAGUGGCAAGCAACCCUCCUCCAGUCUGGUCCUUGAACCUCCAUAGUUGAGAUUGGAAACGUUCCCUCGGUUGCCCAACUCGCCAAAGCGCGAGCCAGCGAGCGAGAGAGAGAGAGAGAGCGAGAGAGAGAGAGAGAUAGGGAAAAGACCACAAAGAGAGAUUACAGAGUCCUUCCCAUCGACGGGCUUGCGCCUGCUACGCAAAAAAAAACCUUAACCAAAGAUGCAAGUCACGGCCCUCGCCGUCAUCGCCGGCGCGGCGCUCGUCCUCGGCUACAUCAUCAACAGCAUCAACGAGUACCUGCGCCAUGCGAAGAAGGCCAAGGAGCUCGGCUGCGAGCCGCCCCUCAUUUCGCCAACCGAUCCCAGCGGCAUCAUCUCCUUGAUACGCGGCGCAAACGCCUCGCGGCAGAAGCGCCUCCCCGUCUACAUCCAGGAGCAGCUCGACGCCGCGGCCGAAAGGCACGGCCGCUACUUCGGCACCGUCAUCAUCAGGACCCCCUUCUUCCGCAACACCAUCUUCACCCUCGACCCCCAGAACAUCCAGGCCGUCCUGGCCCUCAAGUUCAAGGACUUUGGCCUGGGGCCGACCCGCACCGAUAACAUGAAGCCGCUUCUGGGCAACGGCAUCUUCGCCGCCAACGGCAAGCAGUGGGAGCACUCUCGCGCCCUCCUCCGUCCCCAGUUCGUCCGCAGUCAGGUCAGCGACCUCGACCUCGAGGAGGACCACGUCAAGGCCAUGAUGACGGUGCUGGACCGCAGCCUCGGCCGCGACGGCUGGACCGACACGGUGGACCUGUCCAAGCUCUUCUUCCGCCUCACCCUCGACUCGGCCACCGAGUUCCUCUUCGGCGAGAGCGUCAACAGCCAGCUCGGCGAGGACAACAGCGGCGGCACCGCCGGGGCCAACAACAAGCGCGGCGACGACUUCGCCCAUGCCUUUGACUCCUCGCAGCACACCAUCUCCACCGGCGCCCGCAUGGGCGGCAUUUACUGGAUGGCGCACACCCCCAAGUUCCACCGCAUGGUCAAAAAGGUCCACGAGUUUGUCGACUACUUUGUCGACAUUGCCAUGAAGCGAAGGACCGCCGGCGGCGACAGCAAGGAAAAGGAAAAGGAAAGGUACGUCUUCCUCCACGCGCUCGCCGAGUAUACGCAGGACCCGACCGAGCUGCGCUCCCAGCUGCUCAACAUCCUGCUCGCGGGCCGCGACACCACGGCCUCGACCCUCGGCUGGUUCUUCUACACCCUGGCGGACCCCCAGUACAACCACUACUACGCCAAGCUGCGCGCCGUCAUCCUCGAAGAGUUUGGCACCUACGAGAAGCCGCGCGACAUUACCUUUGAGCGCAUGAAGAGCUGCCAGUAUCUCCAAUGGUGCAUCAGCGAGAUCCUGCGCCUGUACCCCAUCGUCACCAUAAACGUGCGCACCGCAGAGGUCGACACGACGCUGCCCAUGGGCGGCGGCGCUGACGGGCGAUCCCCCGUGUACGUCCGCAAGGGCCAGGACGUCGCAUACUCGGUGCACGUCAUGCAGCGCCGCAAGGACCUCUGGGGCCCCGACGCCGAAAUCUUCAAGCCGGAGCGGUGGGAGCACCGUCGCCCGGGCUGGGACUACCUGCCCUUCAACGGCGGCCCGCGCAUCUGCAUCGGCCAGCAGUUUGCGCUGACGGAAAUAGCCUACGUCGUCAUCCGCCUGAUGCAGCGCAUCGACACCAUCGACGGCUCCAACAUCGGCCCCGUCAAGCACGGCCUGACGCUGACCAACUGUCCCGGCGACGGCGUCAACGUGAGGCUGCACUUUGCAAAGUAGACCGCCGCUUCAAGACUUGUAAAAUAAAGUUCAUUUGGUCACAUUGAUUGUUGUGGGGAUCUGGCCACUGCACACAUGCAUGCGGAUGAUUGCGUAAUAGCUCCGACGGUCGGGGACGAAGUUGAUGGCAUUCAUGUCUCGAGUUUUGACCGAUGCCCGUCUCCCUGUUCAUUUAAAGACUUUGAGGGGGCGGUUCGUGUGUUUUUGCGAGCAAGACGAUGAUCACAUCCAGACGCUACGUAUCAAUUACUUCAAGUUCGU